GGCUGCGGGGCUCGCGCUGGAAUUGCUGUUUGUGCAGCAGAUCCUGUGCGCGGGGAGGGCUGUGGCUGCUGCCUGUGGCGCACCCGUGACCCGCUGCUGGCGGGAGUGGAGUUAGUGGCUUGUUGGAAAGAAAGUUAGAAGUGUGUGUGUGUGUGUGUGUGUGUGUGUGUGUGUGUGUGUCGGUGGGUGGGAAACCCGUGGGGAAAGUUUGCACCUUAGUCUCCGGAGCGGCAGCAGCGGAUCAUGCAGCGGGGGAGACUCACCCUCCUAGUGUCUCUGGCUUUUCUUCUGCUCCACGUGAGAGGUGAAGACGACUUUAACUUAGAAGAUGCAUUAGGCCCCGAGCCUACAAAGAAGCCUGGUUCAGCUACCAAAAAGCCGGAGUUGGAUGACCACCGAAGGAUAACCAUUUUAUUUACUCUUACAGGCAGCUUUAAGGAUGAAGACUUAGUUGAUGGUAAACUUCCACCAGAAAAAAGGGGAGAAGGUGAUACCAAUCCCAAGAGUGAAGGAGAUGCGGCAGCCUCUCAAGGAGUGAUACCUGGAAUUAUAAGUGCUGUGGCCGUAGCAGUUGUUGGAGCAGUAUCUAGCUUCAUUGCUUACCAGAAGAAGAAACUCUGUUUCAAAGCAAGUGGAGAUCAAGAGAAUGUUAAUAUGGAAAGUCAGCAAGGAGCACAUGCAGAGCCACCUGUUCAGCGAACACUUCUGCAGAAAUAAUCCAGGGAAACUCAAGGUGAAGAAAAGAUGAGCAAAACUGGAUAGAAAACCUGCAUAUCUGCCUGAAAAAAACACAAUGUAAACAGCAGGGGCUUGAGUUUCAAAAUUGCAUGAAAAAAAAAUGUAGUCCUGUUGAAAUAUCCUCGGAAAGGAUGGGAGGGAUGUUUUCAAAUACCUGAGCGUUUUUCUGUGGUUAGCCCUGUGAAGCGCAGUGUUGCCCACUGACAAUUGGCCUUAAAAUAGUGAUGUUCUGAAACAACUUGUGCCUUUUAAUUCUCAACUCUGCUCUUGUGGCAAGAACUAUCGCUGGUGUAUAUCUGAACUGACUAUUAUUCUGGCUAGCCCCUUUUCCUUACCCCUUAAAAAAAAAGAACAGUAGAUCUGUUAAUGUACCAUUACUUAGACGCAGCUCUAACAUUGUACCAUUGUAUGGGUACAUCUACACCACCCUCAACAGAGAGCCUCCCACUCUGGGCUGACAGACUUGGGGUAGCAAGGCUCACGCUAGUGCUCUUAAAAAUAGCAGUGGAGGCUGUGCUUUGAAGUUGCAGCCCAGGCUAGUGGUCGGGCUCUGAAGCUUAGAGAAGUGGGUGGGCUCCAAAGCAGGAGCUCCAGCCCAUGCUGCGAUGUCUACCCAGCUAUUUUUAGUGCGGUAGCGCAAGUCCCAGGAGCCCAACUCUGUUAAUCUGAAUUGAGAGGCUCACUGCUGUGUGCUGCAUAUACUUACCCUAAAUUGGGUAAUCGUACUAGUGAAGACACCCGUACAGUUCACUUGAAAGUGAAGUUUAAAAAAAAAAAAAUUCUAGUAAAUGUUAAAUUUUGUGGGCACCUGAAUGCAAACUGUUAGCUUAAAAAAGUAGCCAUGUCAUCUGAAAUAUUUGACCAAAUGAGUGUGUGUAUGUGUGUGUGUGUGUGUAUUUGACAAUGGUGUUGUCUGUGCAGCUGCAUGGGUCAGCUUAGCAGGAAGGAGGUACUUAUAUCUGUCCUCUAAGGAAAAAAAAGUGUUUCUUUUUAUCGUUUUUCUUCACUAUGUCUGUCUGGUACAGAUCCAGAAAGCCCCAAUGUGCUUCAGUGCAUCCCCCAGAGUCUCAAAGUUGCUUUUUAUACCGAUUAACUAAAAUAGAGUUGAUCAAAAAAGGAAAAGCCUGACUUACAAAUCAGAACCCUACAUUGGCUGCUUUUCAUUUGGCUGGGUGUCUCUUUCUGGUGUUCGUGAGAAUUCAAACAGCUGCCAAGAAUUAAUUUGUAUGCAAUUUGGGACUGACAGACAUUUCCAUGACUGCUCACCUGAAACUUUUAACAGAAGGUCAUUAUAUAUACUUUCAGUUUUGAAAGGUUUGUCAUCCAGUCAGAAAGCAGAAACAAUACAACUAACUUAUGUGGUAACUCUGCAAUGUGGAUAAUCAAGAGCACUCUAAACUAGGGUGACCAGAUAGCAACUGUGAAAAAAUGGGACAGGGGGUGGGAGGUAAUAGGCGCCUAUAUAAGAAA